CCGCGAGCGUCAGGGCCGAGCCCAGUCGAACCCAGCGCCUCGCUCGCGCAGCGCAGCGCCUCACAUCCUGGGACAUUUCUCCGGAGCGCAGCUGUUACUCAUCCAUGGGAUAUACGGCGCUUAAACUUAGAACGUCCGACGUGGAAGCCGAGCAGUCGCCCUGGGCCCAGCUUUUGGUGCAUGCAGAGAUUGGAGGAUCAUGAACCGCUUGACGUUGGCUAUUAAAUAGCCUGGAGUGGACUAACAGAGGACCGAGGGCAUCAAAGCUAUUCAGCAUGGCAGUCUUCAAGCCUGAAAAUGUGGAAGACUUCUAUGAGAUUGGGGAAGUUCUGGGAAGUGGGCACUUUGGUCAGGUUCGACAGGUUCGUGAGCGGGCCACUGGGACAUGUUGGGCGGGAAAGUUCCUGAAGAUUCGGAAGACGGCGUGCAGCCGUCUGGGCUUGGACAGGAGCAGCGUGGAGCAGGAGGUGGAGAUCCUCCAGAUUGUACAACAUCCAAACGUCGUGGCUCUCAAAGACGUUUUUGAGAGCCGAGCUGAAGUGGUGCUCAUUCUGGAGCUGUUCAGUGGAGGGGAGCUGUUUGACUUCAUUGCUGAGAAGGAGAACCUGUUGGAGAGCGAGGCCAUUGAGUUCAUUAAGCAGAUCCUGGAGGGACUGGGAUACAUGCACAGCAAGAACAUUGCCCACUUUGACCUCAAGCCAGAAAACAUCAUGCUGUCAGACAAAGUGUCACCACAGCCCAACAUCAAACUAAUUGACUUUGGCCUGGCCCACCAUUUCCACCAGGACGAGGAGUACAGGAGCACAAGUGGCACCCCACAGUACAUCGCCCCUGAGGUGAUCAGUUAUGAACCUCUAAGCACAGCAGGAGAUAUGUGGAGCAUUGGUGUUAUUACCUACAUUCUAUUGAGCGGUUUGUCACCGUUCCAAGGUGAAACCGAUGAAGAGACUCUGAAGAAUAUCAUUGCCAUGACCUAUGAGUUUGAUGCGCGGUAUUUCAGCACGACCAGCUCCAUGGCCAAAGACUUCAUCCAGAAACUGCUGGUGAAAAAUCCCAUUGAUAGAAUGACAGCUGAGGAGUGUCUGCUUCAUCCAUGGAUUAAGCCCAUCACACGCAAACAGGUGACCAAUAGGAAUCGAUCCUCAAUCAAUAUGAAGAGCUUUAAGAAGUUCAAUGCCCGUAGGAAAUGGAAGAUGUCCUAUAACAUGGUGUUAAUGUGUAACCGGCUGGUCAGUUUGACACUGCUGCAAAAGGCCAGCCCAGAUCCAGAUGCACUACAGAGACAAUGUGAAAGCGACGUGGAGGACACAGAGAGCAAGCCUGCCUCUCUGCUGCGCCGCAGACUCAGCAGCAGUUCAUUGAUGUGACCAGAGAGAGGCAGCAGCAGCACAGCAGAGGGGUGGUGGGGGGUGGGAGGGGGUGUCCAGGACCUGGAGGACGUGAUCUCUGAGGAGAAAACGGGAUGCUGUUACACUGUUUAAGUGAAAUGGACCAUUAAAUGUUCCCAAGUGUUGUGCAUUGCUUCUCAGAAGUCCAGCCCAUUGCCACUGUGGAUACUUUAAUGAAGCUUGUUUUGAAGAUUAGAAUGGAUUUGGCUUGUUACUGACUUGGGGGGGGGGCACAGAAAAGCUUUAGGUAGAACUGGAUCUCCUCUACAGAACAUGCUAAAAAUGUUAUGUCCAAGUCUUCCAUGACUUUUGUAAUGAUGCUGAACGCACAUACUCAUGCAGUUUCCUCUGGGAAUGUUUUUGGAUGAGUGGUUCUUGAGAAACACAAGAGGAGAAACAUUAAAAGACAGCAGUUUACUGUUUCUCCCACCCAAGUGGGAGGUUAAGCAGGAGGAAUGAAUCAUUGAUGCACCACUGCUGGUAAACGUAAUGUAA